AUGUCGGAAGUUGCUUGCAUGUAUCUCUUUGUUGCCUGGGGUGACCCUCCCAGUGAGUCUCUUCCUCGUGAGGUUGCCUUUUCGCACACCGAAGAGGAGCUUGCUGAGUCCCUGGAUUACACAAAACGCAAGUAUAUAGAGACUUAUGGCCCCAUCUCGUCCAAUCCUCGAUCUCUCACUUUUAUUCGUGAGUCCUCUUUGCCAAUGGAUCCGUCUUCUGAGCCAGCACGAUGGUUCAAGGAAAAUCUGCAUGAAGCUCGGCGGGACGGAAGGAAUGUGAUCGUGGUGAUGAAUGGAUUUGAUGGGUUGACCACCAAUGAGAUUACAUUUUAUUGUUUGUUUCAGGAGCAUGCAGAGCGGAUGAGGAUCUGUGUGUUUGGCGGCGAGCCACGUUCGUUCUACGAGGUUAAUAUACGGGGUGUGCUGGAUUGUCUCAUGGGGAAUAUUGAGCAGGGCGAGCUCGACAAGUCAACUUCCCUCUUUGUCAGAUGGUUCCGUGUUCUCCGUGCGAUGGAGCUCAAUCAGCUGCCCUGA